AUGUCGGCAAAUCGACAGGCCGGAAGAACUGUAUUCUUUUUUUUGUCUAGCCAGCCGAAUGACUGCAUCGGAGGCUGUAGACAUAAUACUUUUACGCAGGAUGAUCUAUAUGUAUUCGUUGAUAUACUCGUACUUGUCCAGGUACCCGACGACGCAGAAGCUAAAUCCUUGCCUGACGGAAGGGCCUUUGAAAUCCACAUGCGAGGUAGCCAAACGGUAUUGAAAAAGAGUACUGAUAUCUCGCUAUCCCCAGGGGACUACAUCAUUACACCAAAACAUCCCCUCGUUACCAUCUGCGUCAGCGACGAACUCUACAUAGACAGGGUCCUUUCACAUAGUGUGACACCUAGAGAUAGCGCCUUUCGCAAUGCUCUACGUCAACGUGACCGUGGCUGCGUUAUUACCGGAGUGGUGAAUGAUGAUGAUAACGAUUGGACGGGAAUGGAGGCAGCCCAUAUAUGGCCGCUAAGCAAUGGAAGCGAGUGGAUUCGCCAAAACGCUAGUCGAUGGAUUACAGAUUCAGAUUCAGAUUCAGAUGACCUUUCAAAUGAACUGAAAAUGAAUAGCCCUCAAAACGGCAUUUUAGUGUCGAGUACUGCUCACAUAUUGUUCGAUUCGUAUACCCUUGCGAUAAACCCUGAGGCCGGCUAUAGAAUUUAUGAUUUUGGUCGCAAUAAGUUUGGGUACGGCGGUAAAUUCAUGAGCGCUACGGCACGACAGAGUAAUAAUAACAACGGCGCAAGAGAUACACUCUUGCUAUGGCACUUUCGUCAAUGCGUUCUCGCAAACAUGCGCGGAGCUGGUGAACCAUUAUGGGAUUAUAGUCCGAGGGAAGAGGGGGAUGUUGUAGGAAGGUUGUUAUCAUCGGAUCAUACAAUGACUCGUCUUGGGGAAGAAGUGGAGGCUCGUCUGGCACUUACUUCGUAUCUUCCAUCACCAUCAUUGACAAAUGAUCAAUAA